GUUGAAAGCGCUUUGAACAAAAUUUGGGGCCACGUUGAAGUAUCAAACGUGUUCGCGGUGCCUCGGGCUCAGUCCCGACGGCAAACAUCAACAUCAACAUCAACAUCAACAUCAACAUCAACAAAGAAGGUCAGUUGGGUGUAGAGGAAGGGCACAGAGAGGUUUAUUAUGAGUAUUGUGAUUCGUUUCCGGUCUAAAGAUGGGAUGCUGAGGGUCUCUGCUGAUCCUGAUGGUGACUUCCUCAACGUUGUGGAGGAGCUGUCGAAGAAGCUGGCGGUUGAUGUGGCCAAGGUUGAGGUGUCGAGUGGGCCUGGUGGUCCGUUCCAGCCGUUGCUGGUGCUGUGUGGCAAGACGCCGUCUUCUCUGGGGUUCAAGAAUGGUGAGAUGUUGUUUUUGAAGUAUGAUGAUUCGCAGCAGCAACAGCAACAGCAGCAGCAACAGCAGCAGCCGUUGCAAGGCUCUGUUCAGAUCAGUGACGCUACCAUCCCGGUUUCCUCUGUGAAGGAACUCCCAGUCGACGUUGAAUUGAACAAGGAAACCGGUCUCAUUCCUAGAAGUCGAUCAAAAUUCUGCAGACAUGGAGACCAAGGCAUGUGUGAGUACUGUUCUCCAUUGCCGCCUUGGGACAAGUCCUAUAGAGACGAACACCAGAUCAAGCACAUGUCGUUCCACGCCUAUCUCAAGCAGCUGGAUCAUGCGACGAAUAAAGGACAAGGCUCGUCGUAUAUUGCGCCUCUUCAAGAGUCGAACUUCAACAUUGAUAAGAAGUGCCGUGGAGGACAUGAGCCUUGGCCAAAGGGUAUCUGCUCCAAAUGCCAGCCUUCUGCAAUCACACUACAGCAGCAGGAGUUCCGUAUGGUGGACCAUCUUGAAUUCGCCAACUCUGAAAUCGUCAACUCCUUCAUUGAGAGCUGGAGACAGACCGGAACACAGAGAAUUGGCUUCAUGUAUGGAACGUACGCCAAGUACGAUAAGGUCCCACUUGGUAUAAAAGCCGUUGUUGAGGCCAUCUAUGAGCCUUCGCAGCACGAUGAGAACGAUGGCCUGACCCUGGGCAUACCCUGGGAGGAUGAACAGCAGAUUGAUCAAAUUGCAGAGCUGUGUGGCUUACAGAAGAUUGGGGUGAUAUUCACGGAUCUAACCGACGCAGGCCAGGGCGAUGGCUCAGUGCUGUGUAAGAGACACAAGGACUCGUUCUUCCUUUCAUCGUUGGAAGUUAUAUUUGCAGCCCAGUUGCAGAAGCACUACCCGAACUAUACAAAGAGCUCUCCCUCUGGGAAGUUCUCUUCGAAGUUCGUCACCUGUGUCAUCAGUGGUAACCUCGCAGGAGAGAUUGAUAUGUUCCCAUACCAAGUGUCUGAAAGUGCCGAGGCCCUCGUCUCUGCUGAUCUGAUCACAGGCUCAACCAAGCCAUCGUUCGCAUACAUCAACGAGACAAAUGAGAGCAGAUACGUUCCAGAGAUCUUCUACACAAAGAUCAACGAGUACAACCUACAGGUGAAGACCAAUGCCAAACCUGCCAUCCCGGUGGACUACCUGCUGGUGACGUUGUCGCAUGGCUUCCCACAGGAGCCCAAUGCCGUCUUCAAGAGCAACAGCUUCCCCAUCGAGAACAGACAGGCGAUGGGCAUAUCCAGAGAUCUGACGGACCUGAAGCGUCGCAUGGACAAGUACACCCGUGGCGAGCUCAAGCUCGUCGACGUCAUCUCAGACUUCCACCUCCUGACGCUGCUGUUCACCGUUGAAGUGCUCAACAGCGAUGAGAAGGCACUCCUGGCUAGAGCCGCAACGACUCACAAGCUCGAAGACUGCUACCAGCUCCAGGAGACCG